GAGAGAGCAGCAGUUGAGGAUGCAGAAGGCAAGUCAUAAAUUCACCACCAUUGGCCUUAAAGGGUGGUCUUGUACCUACCCGGGGCUGAAGAUAAAAUGCCAUGGGAGUUUGCCAAAAGUGCUGACUGAUGGAUUCCCGUGUCUUCUCCUUCCUGGACAUUGGCACAUUGUAUUUAUCUUAGAGUUGUGAAUUACAGAGCUUCCUUUCUUCUUCCAAGGGGAUCCAGGCAUGGGCAACCUGUGCCGACGACCCAUGGAGGAUCAAAACCCCACAGAUCUUGUCUUACGGGAUGAACUGGGUGAGAUAGCAGAAGCCCCCCACACUCUCCAGAUGAUAUUGGAGGAGGAGGAGGCUCCAAAUUCCUCCAAGGCAGGCCAGGCUUCAUCUGCUGUCGAGCAGAGGCAGCUGUGGAAGGAAACUAAGGAGGAAGAUGGCAAUGGGGAGGCCAGAAUUUUGGGUAACGAGCAGAUAAUUGGCAAUGAGGGAGAACCAUAUGAGAUUCUAUCAGAUGCACCUCGGCAUAAAGAGGUGAAGGAGAACUUCACACAAAGAAUACCUGUAGGAGAAAGACCCCAUAAAUGUGAGCUAUGUGGGAAAAGCUUCAAUUGGAAGUCAAACCUUACUGCACACCAGAGACUCCAUGCAGGGAUGAAACCAAAUAAAAGCUCCAAAGGUGGAAAGAUCUUCUGUCAGACCUCAAAAGUUACUGGACUUCAAAGAAUCCACAAAGGAGAGAGACUGUAUAAAUGCAAACUAUGUGAAAAAAGCUUCAUUCGGAAGUCAAACUUUACUGCACAUCAAAGAACCCACAUUGGAGAGACACUCUAUAAAUGUUCAGAAUGUAGAAAGAGCUUUAGCAACACCAGAAACCUUAUUGCACAUCAGAAAACCCAUACCAAGGAGAUGCCAGACUGUGGCACAAGCUAUGCUUCUCAAGCAAGCCUUAUUAAACAUAAAACAAUCCACCCUGAAGACAAACAUUUUAAAUGCUCAGAAUGUGAACAAACCUUCAGUAACAGCACAAACCUUAUUGCACAUCAGAGAACCCAUACCAGGGAGAAGCCUGACUGUGGCAUGAGCUAUGCUCCACAAUCAAGCCUUCUAAAACAUAACAAAACCCACCCUGAAAAGAAACUUUUUGUAUGCUCUAAGUGUCAAAAGUGUUUCCAGUUCCCCUUAGGCCUUGGAAUACAUCAAUUAAGUCAUAAAGAAGAGACGCCAUAGAAAUGUUCAGAUUGCAGCAAAACCUUUUUUGCUGAAUCAAAUUAAUGAGCAUAAGAAUUCCAACCAGAGAGAGCCAAUCUUGGAGUGUAAAAAGAUUACUGCACCCCUUACUUCACAUCUAAAAAACCCCAUAGAAGGGGAGAAACUCUCAUCAGAACCUCCCAAUAGGUGAUCAGAUGGGGUUCUAUCUUGAGGGCCCUGGGCUUCUGAGUUUUGGAACCCAAGUAAACAAAGCAGAUGCUUGUAUGUGGUUACCUUACAUGGAACUCCUCAACUAAACUUUGAUGGGUCUUGGGUGGUUUUAAUUAUUUAAGGGGAAUGGUUUUAAUAAAGUAUGAUCACUCGUUUAAAUACCUACAGGAGAGAUGAAAUAAAUGACUUUGUUCUCACCAGCAGCAGUUAAUAGCCAUGAUCUCUGUAGGCAUCAGAAUAGUCCCGUCCGAAAAGCUUGCAGCAAAGGCUUUUGUGGCUAUUAAGGUGCGUUUGACAUCAGUGAAAUGGCAGGUAUAGCCAUGGAGGGGAGUUGAACCAACAAAGAAGAGAGAUGUUCUGAAUGUUCUGUUUCUCCACAUUUCAAUGUAAGUUACUCCCUUAGCAAUUUCUCCUUUUUAUUAAAAGAGAAUGUCGGAAUGUAUUUCCUCUGUUCACCAAUAAAAGUUUGUGUGCUUUUUC